CCCCGGUUGAUGCUCGGCUCUAUUUCUUUUCACUUCUUAAUGUUUACUCGGACUUGCAGCUUCUUUGACACCGAGAUUCGUUAGAAACCGGAACCGAACGGGCCGUUUUCUCCUCGGUUCGGUUAUGAACUGAGCUCCCUCCGACCCGGGCAGCUGUUGGCCGACUUUAGGACCAUGCAGGCUUUGAGCUCCUCUGCAGUCCUGCAGCUUUUUGGCUUCCUGAUUGGACUGAGCAGCUCCCUGGACCCCAGAGACCCCAACGUGUGCAGCCUGUGGGAGAGCUACACCACCUCGGUGAAGGAGUCCUACUCUCACCCCUACGACCAUGUGACGGAGGAGCCGUGCUCGGACCCCCGGACGUCGUACAGAUGCUCCCGUCACAGGAUCACCUAUAAAACGGCGUACAGGCAGGCGGUGAAGACCGAGUACCGCAGGCGGUACCACUGCUGUCCAGGCUACUAUGAGAGCGGAGGCCGAUGUGUUCCUCACUGCAGCCAGGAGUGCGUCCACGGCCGCUGCGUCGCUCCGAACCGCUGCCAGUGUGAGAAAGGAUGGCGAGGCGACGACUGCUCCAGCUCCUGCGACGACAGACACUGGGGUCCAGACUGCCGGAAGGAGUGCAAGUGUGAGAACGGCGCGCUCUGCGACCCGGUGGGGGGCGUCUGCCAGUGUCCGCCCGGGUUCAUCGGACGCCUCUGCGAGGACUCGUGUCCGGCCGGGACCUUUGGGAAGGGCUGCCAGCAGAAGUGCAAGUGUGGCAACGGAGGAUCCUGCAACAAGGCAACAGGAGAAUGCACGUGUCAGAAGGGAUUCACCGGGACUUUCUGUGCGAAGACGUGUAAAGGCUCCUGCCAGCCGAGAUGCCCCUGCCAGAACGAGGGCCGCUGCAAGGGCAACGGGGUCUGCGCCUGUCUGGCUGGAUGGACGGGUGCGAUCUGCACGGAACAAUGUCCAGAGGGAAGGUUUGGGAAAAACUGCUCAGAGGAGUGUGUUUGCCACAACGACGCUAAAUGUGACCCCUUAACUGGACGCUGCCAAUGUAGAGAGGGUUUCACUGGCAACAGGUGUAAUGAGGAGUGCCCCGCAGGUACCUACGGCCAGGACUGUAAAGGUGUGUGCAACUGUGCAAACGGCGCGCGCUGCUUCAACAUCGACGGCAGCUGCUUUUGUGAGCCCGGAUUCAGCGGGCCGCAGUGCAGGAACCGGAUGUGUGCGCCUGGGAACUACGGCAUGCACUGCGAACACAAGUGUCUCUGUGAGGAGAAACACACUCUGAGCUGCCACCCGAUGAAAGGCGAAUGCACGUGCCAGCCGGGCUGGGCGGGUCUGUUCUGCAACGAGACGUGUCCUCACGGUUUCUAUGGCGACGGCUGCAUGGAGCCGUGUCUGUGUGUGAACGGAGGCGUGUGCGACAGCGCCACGGGACGAUGCCACUGCUCCCCCGGAUUCACGGGCGUUCACUGCGAGGGUCCCUGUAAAAGCGGCGUCUACGGGAAGAACUGCUCCCUGGAAUGCUCCUGCGAAAACUUUAUCGACUGCUCACCGGUUGACGGCACUUGCUUCUGCAAAGAGGGCUGGCAAGGGCCAGACUGCUCCGUCCCCUGCGCUGACGGCACCUGGGGCCCCGGGUGCAACACCACCUGCCGCUGCACCAACGGGGCCAAAUGUGACCCGGCAGACGGAUCGUGCAAAUGCUCAGCCGGAUGGCAGGGGGUGCUCUGUGACCAGCCGUGUGGUGUGGGCUCGUUCGGGCCGGGCUGCCUGAAGAGGUGCGACUGUAUUUACGGCAGCGGUUGCCAGGCGACCAGCGGGGAGUGCCACUGUCUGGCAGGUUGGACGGGGCCGCACUGCAGCGAUCCGUGUCCGGAGGGCCUGUGGGGCCCCCACUGCAACUACUCCUGCUCGGACCGCUGUCCCAACAGCGACACGUGUCUGAGGAAAACCGGGGAGUGUGUGUGCCGGCCGGGCUACUGGGGCGCCGCCUGCCAGAACAAUUCGUCUGAGCGGGUGGGCAGCGUCAUGGUCCCUCUGCCCCCGGGAGAGAGGGAGUCGUGGGGCGCCAUCGGCGGCAUCGUGGUGCUGGUCCUGCUGGUGGUGAUGCUUCUGGCUCUGCUGCUGCUCUACCGGCGCCGGCAGAAGGACAAGCAGAACAACACGCCCACCGUCUCCUUCUCCACCAGCCGCACCGUCAACUCCGAAUACGCCGUCCCAGAUGUUCCCCACAGCUACCAUCAUUACUACUCCAACCCCAGCUACCACACGCUGAGCCAGAACCGGCCGCCGCUGCCGCACGUCCCCAACAACCACGACCGCGUCAUCAAGAACACCAACAACCAGCUGUUCUGCAGCGUGAAGAACGCGGCCAGGGAGCGGCGCGGCCUGUUCGGGGUCGAGACCAACGCCACUCUGCCUGCAGACUGGAAGCAUCAUGAGACCCGCAAAGGUUCAGGAGCGUUUGGCAUCGACCGGAGCUACAGCUACAGCGCCAGCCUCGGAAAAUAUUACAACAAAGAGCUGAAGGACUUGGUGGCGGCGAGCAGCAGCUCUCUGAACAGCGAGAACCCGUACGCCACCAUCAAGGACCUGCCCGGCUCGCCGUUCUGCACCCCGGAGAGCAGCUACAUGGAGAUGAAGGCGGCCGUGCCGCGGGAGCGAGCGUACACCGAGAUCAGCCCGCCGCCGUUCAGCAUGGCCACGCUGCGCAGAGAGCGGCAGAGCUCCCUGGGUCACGCCCCUCAUGACGACCCCCAGAGCCACUACGACCUCCCUGUGAACAGCCACAUCCCGGGACACUACGACCUGCCUCCGGUGCGCCGGCCGCCCUCCCCCCGGCCCGCCCCGCGCAGAACGCUGCAGUGAGAGCCGCAGAGGCGCCGCGGGUUCACCCUCCUCCCUUUGGGCCGAUGGAGAAGAGCAGACUGUUUGUUCUUCACCUAUAAACUCAGUAAGGUCCUGUUUGAGGGCAGCACUGCCCCCCUGUGGCCAUCAGAUGGUACUGCUGCCACCAGGACUGAAGAACCAGGAAAGCUGGUGACAUCAGAGGAGCUUCACUGCGACGUGAUUUCAGCUUUCAUUUUUUUUUUCUGACUUCAUUAAAGUAGAAAACAUUAAAAAAUGUAAAAAAAUGCAGCCGGCAGCUUCUCACAAACUCUAAAGUUUCUGAAUAUGUCAUGAAAGCCAAAGAAAAGCGUCAAUCUCCAGGAAUAUUGGGCCCAGAAUGUGGAUGGAAAACUCUGUACAUAUGGAAGUAAAUAUAGUAUCACCACAAGGAACAUUGUAAAUAAACAAACAGCUCUCCGGAUUUACAAAUCAUGGUUAUUUCCUGUCAUGCAGUAUUUAAAGCUGGAGUAUGUAACAGAUAUAAAAAUAUUUUAUUUUACAUAUUUGUUAAAACUGUCACCAUGUCAUGAGAGUUUGAUAUGAGAGAUAAUCUGAAGGCAGAGGAGCUCAGUCUGUUCGGUUUAAUUGUCUCACACCAUGGUGUCACAACAUAGCGACAGUUUCAAUAAAUAUAAAAAAAUAUAUAUAUUUUUUGUAUAAGUUAUAUACUGGAACCUUUAAAGAUCAAUUUUAA